CGACAGGGGGCGCUGACGCUUCUCCUCCCGGCACGUCACGAGGGAGUCGGUGGAGGCUCCCGGUGGAAGCGCUGCCUGAACCACAGAACUACAACCGAGCGGACCUGAAGGUUUCGAUGGUGUUGGCUUGAUGGGAUCCAAGCGGGCAACAAAGUGAUGGUCUAAGGACUGGAGGUCGCAGAGGUGCUUGCGCGUGGAAUGUUGCGCUGGUCGGUGCACCUAGAAGGAGGGCCGCGGAGAGUCAACCAUGCUGCUGUGGCGGUGGGACACAAGGUGUACUCCUUUGGGGGCUACUGCUCCGGGGAGGACUACGAGACGCUGCGACAGAUUGAUGUGCAUGUCUUCAACACAGUGUCUUUGCGCUGGAUGAAGUUGCCUCCAGUGAGGAUAGGGGUACAUGAACGUGCCCGUGAAGUGCCGUAUAUGCGUUACGGCCACACAGCUGUGCUGCUGGAUGAUAUAAUCUACCUCUGGGGUGGUCGUAACGACACAGAAGGGGCCUGCAAUGUGCUCUACGCCUUUGAUAUCAACACCCACAGAUGGUUCACACCGAAGAUUUCGGGGACACUUCCGGGUGCGAGGGACGGACACUCUGCCUGCAUCCUGGGGAAAGCGAUGUAUAUAUUUGGAGGAUACGAGCAGCUGGCCGACUGCUUCUCCAACGACAUCCACAAGCUGGACACCAACACCAUGGUUUGGUCAUUAAUUAAUGCCAGGGGUAAUCCUGCACGCUGGAGAGACUUCCACUCGGCCACCAUCAUCGGGACGAAGAUGUUUGUGUUUGGAGGGCGAGCAGACCGCUUCGGCCCCUUCCACUCCAAUAACGAGAUCUACUGCAACAAGAUCAAAGUGUUCGACACGGAGACCAACUGCUGGCUGAGCACGCCGUCAGCACAGCCGCUGCCCGAGGGACGCAGGAGCCAUUCAGCCUUUUCCUACAAUGGGGAGCUGUACAUAUUUGGAGGAUAUAAUGCCCGUCUGGACAUGCACUUCAACGACCUGUGGAAGUUCAACCCAGAAGCCUUCUCCUGGAAUAAAGUAGAACCAAAGGGGAAAGGUCCGUGUCCUCGGAGACGGCAGUGCUGUUGUAUGGUUGGAGAUAGAAUCAUCCUCUUUGGAGGAACUAGCCCGUGUCCCGAGCAAGGAAUGGGUGAUGAAUUCAACCUCAUGGACCACUCAGACCUGUAUAUCUUAGACUUCAGCCCUAAUUUGAAGACGUUAUGCAAAAUAGCUGUUAUUCAGUUCAGUCUGGAGCAAUCAGGACUCCCGCACGACAUCAGGUGGGAGCUGGCUGCCAUGACAACAAACAGCAACAUCAGCAGGCCGAUCUUCUCCUCUCACGGCUGACGCUGCUCCUCGCUCUGUUUCAGGACAUUUUAAUCUCUCUCUUAAUAACUGAGCUCCAGACGACGGUUUUCACAGAGUUUGGAUCUGUUUUGGGAUUUAUUUUCCACAUUCUUCAAGUUCAUUCUGACCAAAAUAAUCCUGCGCAGGGACUUCUGGGACACCGCGAGCCCUCUGGGAUGUUUUAACCCUUGAGACACUGGUCGUGCGAGACCGAAAUCGUUGACACCUUUUUGUUGUCUUCUUUCUAGCCUCUCUAGAAAUCCAAUCAGCCUAUGAUAAUCAUAGACUUCUAAUCUUAAGCACAGGAAGAGACACGGACUUCAGCCAAAGGUUUCGAGAGCUGACCUCUUUGUUGAUGAUGUCAUCGCGAUGUCACACUCAGCGGAUCUCCCCCGGAGAGGACAAAUGUGAAUCUUCUGGAGACUGAGAUGCUCAUGAGUUUGUUUAACAUAAACAUAAAACACAAACGUGUCCAUCAGAUGAGGACGAUGUUUCUUUUGCAAUUUGGGAAGUGGGCAGAGCUCACGCUGGACUCAACAGAAGGAGUUCUGGGUUAGAGAGUUUUAGGGGUGCCAUGCUCGUGAAAGGUUCUGUUUGGCUUUCAUCGCUUACCUUGUUUCAUUCUUCAUCAUAACCCUGCUAACGUCCCGCUGCUGCAAAGUGUCUGGAAGGCCGGGCUCAGACUUCAGGAGGAUCAGGGCAAUUUAAUCCAAUUUGGUUUUGGGGUCUCGGUCGAUCCAGCUGUUCGCUGAUGAUCCUCAUUGGCUCAAAGUUAUCAGACAUGUUCCAUGUUCAAAUCUGGAUGAUUACUUUGGUUCAUUCCAAGCAGGAAAGUAGCGAAGGAGAUGGAGAUGCUAACCUUAACUAGCAUGCUGCUGUUGACUAGAAGCUAGCAGGUACAAUCUCACCUCCACUUCUAUUUGACGAGUAAACAAUCUGCCUCCCAUUCCGACUUUAUUUAACCUUCUACUUGAGUUUCAGAGAAUCAUUGCUGCAGGUUUUAAGGCAAACUUGUAACAUCUCCUACCCUCUGAGAUCAGCUGGGAUCAUUAGCAUUCACAUUUAAGGACCUGCCUGGUUAAAUAAAGGUGAAAAUAAAAAAAGUAGUAAUCUAAUAGUAAUCUAUCCACAGACUCGACAGAAAACUGCAGAAUCUGCAACGAUCUGUCAUCAGAGUUCUAGCUUCUGGGUGGUUAACCCUAAACCUGAGUAGUAUCGUCGUCUUAACGAGGGACGUUCCCCUGACGACUAAUUGCCUCGUCCGUCUAAUGAAACAGUCUAAAGAUCAGCAAACGCUCUGAAAACAGUCAAAGCUGAGCUCAAUUUAUUCAAAACUGUCAACUAUAAUUUGGUUUGCAGAUUAUUGCUAACGUUAGCAGCACUAGCACCGCCAGUCUUGGGUCCUCCCUGCAGGUUAACGUCCACGUGCCUGAGCUGAAUUUGGUUACUCGUUGCUCCGGUCGAUAUUUGCCUGUUGAGCCUGACUCAGCCUACAUAUAUUUUUAUCUCCCUUUUCUAGAUCAAACACUGCCAAACUGUGGUGCUCCUACCAGGUGCUAUCUGUUCACGUGCUUGUUUACAUCGGGGUAGUAGAGCCAGAAGAGCAGACCCAUUAACCGAAGCUGCAGCUCUGGCUACAGGCAGGUGGCAGCUUUGCAGUUUGAGCGUAACAUUUGACCGCCAAUGAAGCCCAAAUUACAAAGAAUGAAUUUAACCACCUAGUAACUCUGGUGCUGACUAGAGAGGGUGAACAUGUUAAACGGUUUAGUCAACUUAACGCACACAUCCCUUCAUCAAAUUAUCUCUAAAGAGACACCUGCAUGCAAACGCAGCCAACAAUACGCUCUUAGACUUCUCUAUUCUCAAAGGGGAAAAAAGUCUUUACUUAAAGGCCUUUAUUGCUAACUCGGUCACACCAGAAGCCCCAAAAGUUUCCCGUUCCUCCCAGCUGACCCAUCAGAUGAUAGCAGAUGGAUCCCCAGUUUGCACGAGGAGGUACAAAGUUUAUCUGACUCAAACGACAAUCUAAAUAUUAUCUUGAGGUGUGAGAUUAUUAGUUCCUCCUUUCGAUACAACCUGCUUUCUGAAUCAGUUGUUUUCAAACCUCCUGUCGUCUUGAGUCCGGCUGAAGUUCAUCAUGAGGUGACUGAUGCGACGCUGCCCGUCUGCCUUGUGAAGUAAUCCAGUCCAUCUACCUCCCUUAACUUCGAAUUCAUCAGUCACCUUCUGUCCCCCAGAAUCAGAAGCCUUCGCUCUCUUUUUGUAUUUGUUGUGGUCUUUUGUUUCUCUUCCAGGAACUGUCGACUCACCCCCCCCCCCCCCCCCCCACACCCUGCAGUUUGUUUUCCAGUGCCAAACGUAGAGAGGAAUCAUGAUGCAGAUAUAUACUGUGUAUGUGUGUAAGCACGUGAUCCUGCCUGCUCGUCAACCUGUUGUUGUAGAGAUCACUGAUAUGCAUAAUGUAAUUCCUCCUCUUAUAGACAAUCGCACAGCGUGAGCUGCUUGUUCACACGGCGCCGACUAACCAGCCGAGUGUUUGUGUUCGACUGGGAGCCGCGCUGCACCUGAGCAGAUGUUAGAAACACACAAGGGCUGUUUACGAUGACACACUCAACACACAGCUCGAGGAAAUGACACAAGACAUCUUUAUUCAGGUCGUGUUUUUAUUUGAUGAACACAUUUUUAGAACAAAAUUCAAAACACGAGUGGAGGCUGUGGUGGUGUGUUUUUGAAUGUUUUACCUCCAUCCACUUUAGCUUAACGAAGACAUGGCUGAUAUUUAGUAUUUUUGAUGAAGUCAACAAUCUCAUAAAAGGAGGAAAAAGCUGCAGAGUGCGAGUCGGCUUCUCGACACCUCCCUCACAGUGUGCAUGUCUCAGUAGCGACGUCAGGUUCAUUCACGUCCUCUUAACGGCUCCAACACAAAAGGAUGCUACGAGAACAGAAGUAAAGAGAGCAGUUUGAGGGGACUAUUUUCCCGUCUCUGCUGAGUGCUGAACAUGAAGCUGCAGCUCCUUUAUGUGCUUAAUCGUUUAUGACAACAGUCUCAAGUUGUAGAAGGAAUUUCAGGCUUUUCAGUUGUUGGUAGGGAUGCAGCGCUGCAGCAGUUCAACAUCUGUAUCGUCUGACAUCGACCCUGUUGACAGACAUCGACACAUCAGCAAAUAAUGUGGCAGUAGACGAUGUUUGUCGUGGCAAAUAAAUUUAAUGUGGGCGUGUAGUUCACCUUACUGCUGAUUCAGAGAAGAAGAAAUCACCUGUUGGACAAACUGUGACUUGUUCUCAUUGUCAAUGAGAGAAAAUGUUGCAUUGUGGGAGUCUGACACCGAAAGAAGUCACAAUACAAACAUCAGAAUCGGCCAUGAUUUCCCCCACAGGUGCCUCUCUAGCUGCUCGGUGUUGUCCUGUUUGAAACUCAGCAGCCGGUAUCGACCUCUAAACCCUUCAGUAAAUGAAUGUGUGACGUUAAUAAAGAACAUGUAGGGUCUAGAGGAGCGUGCAGUGUCAGUCAGAGCGAUCAGAGGUUUUUUUCUUCAUUAUUACUUAGUCUUUAAUUUGCAUUAGUAGUCGAGGUGUACUCGGUAUUCGGUAUGUGAAGGAAACAACCUGCAGUCAGAACAUCUGGAUCAGGAUCACUCCUCCUUGUUGGACUGGUUCAUUUUCUGGUUCUGCAGUUUUUUAGGAGAUUUGUUGACGUUAUAAAUACAGAAUAUCACCGAUGCAUCAUUCGGUCUUAAACAGAAAGAAGAAAAUGUCCCCCAGCAUUUCUUCAAACCGUUUCCACUCAGUGAAGAAGAGCAUAUUGAGGCAGAGAAGUUUUCUUUACACUGCCUUUUUUUAUUUUUAUUUUUGGACGUGCAGAGCGUCACGCCUGGGAGUCCCAUCGAUGAGUUUCAGUCCUGAUCUGUGGACCAGCGUUCAGUCGGUCCCGGAUCAGACGGUAAAGAUGGAUCUCUGCGGGGCUCUGGGUCCCAAGCAUCAGGGUCAUAAAGCUCUGACCUACAUCCUUAAUGUUUACAAGUGUGUGUGUUUCAUGUAGAAGGAGUGUAAAACAAUCUGACGUCAGCAGAUAUCUGCACGAGAGGAGCCGGUGGAGGCGGCCCGGCCUUAAAGCGAGGAGACACCACGCUGCUUUUUUGCCUCAGUUCAGCUCCAGUUUGAGACCUUCUCCUCCAAAAACUGAGUUUGGAUUUUAUUAAGAGACCAGUGGUGCCAAUGAGACUCUUACACCCAUUUCCCUGCACACACAAACACACACACACACACACACACACACGAACAUAUCACACUGGACUCCCUGUUACCGUGACAACAGCUCAUUCAGUGAAACAGCAGGGAAGCUAACAGUGUGUUCACGAUGUUUAAAGGUACAGGUGAACAAACACGCUGAUGACAUUUGUUCUUUUCUUUCUGACGUGUGGGGUGGAAAUCGUUUGUGUUUGCGGGCGUUUGGUCCUUUUCUCGCUGCGUGUGAGGAUUUUUCGGGUGGUGGUAUUUUCAGACGAUAACUCUUCAGGAAGGCGACAUGAAGUAAAUCAAAUCCCGCAUCAACUGAAGUCCCUCGGUGAAGCUCGCUCGCUCACCUGCAGGAGAAAGAAAAGGUUUCUGCUCUCUGUUUUGAACGCUGUUUCUGAAGCUCCUCUUUCAUCUUCGUCUUCAGAAACGGCGUUUAAAAAAAAAAAGUUUGUGUCGCGAGCAGAGCAUCGUUAAAUCGUGAGCCAGCUUCUCCGAGCGAGCCGUGACUAAUGCCACGCCGGAGCGCGUCAGCGGACUGAUUUCAUGCCAACAGUGUAUUUUAUCUUUAGGGCUUUGUGUAGAUGGUUGAAUAAUUCAGAGACAACAAAGAAUGCUUGUUAAAAACGCAAAACAGAACAAAGUAUGGAGUGUGUUUGGAAUCACUUAAAACUUACUGUUUUUAUUUUGUUUUAUAUUCGACACGUUCUUCAGAGGGGACUCUGUUUAUGGCGAGGUUGGUCAGGACUUCCUGUGCAAUAUGCUUUAUAACUGUAUCAAUAAUAAAUCUGAGACAAUUGGAAGAAA